AUGGCCCUACCACCCCUCCCUGCACCCAAGACUAUUCCCCCGGAAGCCGGCACAUCAAGCCUUCUAGGCGGCACCCCAGGCCAAGUCCGCACCCUAUCUAAAAAUCGUCCCACCAGCCACGCCACAGUCCGUUCGAUCGAAUGUAAAUCCGAUAUCGAUAAACCAGGCCUUCGGGCUAAAGUUUGCUUUAUGACUAGCAUUGAAACUCCUGAGGAAGAGAUACUCGUUCGGUCACUACAUCCUUCCCUAAAGGAUUGCAAUAGCGUUUCAGUUGUUGAGGGUGGUCCGGUUGAGAAACCCCUGUGGCUAGUCAGUGCCGGCAGCGCUCAGUAUAUCAAAAAUACACAUGCCGCCGGAAGGGAGAUACAUGUCCUCCCAAAACAAUACCUUCCACCCGUUUCACCUUUAGGUAUCCCGGUUCGUGACGUACCUAUCGAGGCUAUCGACCCCCGGUCCUUUCUCCAACUCCAGCAAGUUAUAUCAAUUCGUGAAGCCUUCCCUGGUUCGGUCGGAGUACAAAUACUACCCACUGGUUGGCUAUUGGUUUUAUUUCUGGAGAAGAAGUCGCUGGAGGCAUGCUGGGAUAAGGGUGUCCCGUGCGAGGUCGGUGGUUUACGGAUCGGGUACCUUUUGGAAUCGGCCCGUGCGACAGCUACCCCCGUCGAGUCCGGUCGAGCGGUUAGCGGUGCACCAGGAAGCAUCGCCCAGCAGGCGGCACUCGGCCUACGAUUACGGCUCCCAGGUGGGCAGGAGGCAAUAACGACGGUGACGCAUCCAUUUGUCCGUCUUGCCGAUUCUAGAAUGUCAAAAAUUAGAAAACGUUUCACGGAGCAUAUUUUGGCAGCGAAAGAGUACCUCAAGCGGAUGAAACCACCGCCGAGGCAGGCCCCGCAGGCUGGCAUUGUCCACCCGAAACAAUCUGCGAACUCGCCGGUUGGAAAACAAGUAUGGUUGAGUGGAACAGAGACUUGUAUCGGCACUAUCACGGUGACUUACGACCGAUGCACACGCCACCGUCUGAUACCAUAUCCUUAUGGAUUCCAACACGAUUUGAGUUUGAUCACUGGGCCGAACCUCCCCCAGCUCACUAAUCCCCCCCACACCCCUCGGGUAACAGAAUGGGGUCCAUACGAAGAGGCGCUGCAAGGCCGGCCGGUUCUUGUCUACCGUUAUAACAUUGCAACCGGAAACUCGUUCAUUCACCAAGGCUAUGGAAUACCAACCCAGGCCCACCAGUGCAUUAUCCAUGGGGCCCAGUACAGCUGGGAUGCGCGGGCGUUUGGUACAGCUCUGCUGUGGAGGACCCUCAGAGACACUGAGAGCGUUCGCGGGGCAUCAGGUAGUGUCCUCUGCUUAGGCGAACCACAGCACGAGACAGCUAGAGCGCUCCUCUUCCAGAACUUCGAGGGACCCUUGCCGGCGAGUGAGCAUGUACACAUCGAUAAGAACGAGGAUGUCCCUACCUUUAAAGGGGGGUUCCUUUUGCCCGAAGAGAUCCGUCGCUCGCAGAUCAUUACCGCGAGAGACGUAUACCCGGGAGACUUCCGCACCCCGCAGAGGAGCUCCAACUCGGGGGUCCAUAUGCAGGAAUGUGGCAUGACUGUCCGCCGUGGUUACGCCACACGGACAAUACGCUUAUCAGCGAAUGGGCAUGGGCGUUUAGAGCGCGAUGCACACGUACGCGGCAAGACCUACGGCACGUGCCGUGUUAACAAAGGAAAAGUAGCGGAGGUGGGCACUCGGCCGGACCGUCCCGGCCCUAAUGGGGCAUCGUCCCCGGAGGUAGGGUCGAACCCGAACCUAUCAGGAUCCACUACAUCGCCGUCGCCGGGAACGAAGGUGACACCGAAACGUAUACGGCGAUCACGAUUCCUGCUGCGGUCUCCGGAGGAAGAGCUCGCCCAGGCGCGGAUACAAGCUUUCCGGCUGGACUAUUAUGACCUAUCUUUCCGUCUACAUCUAGCUCAUGGCGCCCGUUCCCAUUACUUGGAUCGUGCAGAGAUACAGGCGUUGGAGGAGCGCACGCGACGGGAAGAAACCAUGGAGGGCUAUGGCGCUAAACGGACUGAACCUACGUCUAUAGAGGUCAAGGAGAGGGAGGCCAAGGGCAUGGCUGAGUUGAUGUCUACGCGGCAGCUACUGGUCCAUCAAGAUUACACCGAGGGGGAGAGGAUUGGCUAG